AUGUUGGAUAAAACCAACGGUUUUCCAUUUCCCACCAAUUCGACAACGCGAAAUUCCGCGGAUUUAACAACAACAUCGUCGUCGAAAAAUUUCGAAAAUUACGAUUUGAUUUUCGACACCAUACGAAAUAAUUUAACCGUCAUCGCCGUCAUCAUCGAAUCGGAUGAAAAAAUUUUGGAUAAUCUUAAAAGUAUCAACGACGAGGAAAAUGAUGGAAAAGAAAUUGAAUCGGAAAAACCUGAGAAAAUCCUUUUGAUAACGUUCGAUUCGAAUGGUUUGCAAACAUCAAAUUCUUAUGAUUCAACUUCCGGAUUUUUAAAAGCCGUUAAAAAUUUAAAAAAAACAAGUAAAAACGAUACAAAUAUCGUUUCUUCUUCUUCUUCUUCUUCUUCUGCUUAUCCAACUUUACGAGUAAUGAACGAAAUUGUUGAUAAGAAUUUUACAAAUGGUACAAUAUUACUGAUAACAGGAACGAAACCCAAAGAUGAUGAUGAUGAAGGCUCGAAAGGAAACCUGAUGGAAAAACUCAAGAAAAAAAAUUUACAAGUUCAUUUAAAUUCAAUUCUUUUGUAA